AUGGUGAGGAAAAUCGCACAGAAGGCAGAGCCUCAUGACUGGGACACGGUCGCCCCUCUUGACCAUAUCAUCGACCACAAGCUGGAGACUGCCAGCCAUCCUCCUGCGAGCCUAGACGGCGACUACCAGAAGAGGCGCGCGGAGCUCAAGAGGCGCGAGGCCGCUCUUGGCUUCGAGUGGAAAUGCACCAGCCGCGCAUCGACCAAAGAGCAGCGCGUAAAUCGCAUCCUUCAGAAUCUCAAGCGCCAUGAUGAGGAGAAUGUCUAUGCAAAGGAACCGCCACGGCAAGGCGUCACCGGGCAAUUACACCCACGUUUCGCUGGUGACCAUUUCCUAUCCAACAAGGCACUCAUCGACAAGACCAAGGUCUUCAAGCUCGCCAAGCGGGCACCCAAGGGCGCCCAUCUACACAUCCACUUCAACGCAUGUCUGCAGCCCAACGUGUUGCUUGACAUCGCGAGUGAGAUGGAGCAGAUGUACAUCACCAGUGACGUACCGCUUCACACAACAGACGAGGAUCAUCCCAAACGGUACAGACGAUGCAGGAUCCAGUUUUCCAUCAUGGACCUCACGGCCAGCAAAGGCAACCUGUUCGACCAGAGCUAUAAGGACCGCACACCCAUGAGAUUCAAGGAAUUCAUCAAAGAAUUUCCAAAGCAUUACCGCGGGGCAGGCGCCCUGGAGUGGCUGCAGGAGAAGCUGGUCUUCCGGGAGGAAGAGGCACAUGACCUGCCACAAACAGUCAGCGGCGCAUGGGAGGAGUUCAACGCCCGGACGCAGAUGAUGAAGGGGCUCUUCAAUUACGAGAGGGCGUACCGCGAGUACACGCGCAGGUGCCUAGAGGACUUUGUCAGCGACAACAUCCAGUACGCCGAGAUAAGGCCUAACUUCAUGGACACGAAUCAGGUCUGGACCGACGACGGGACGCGCAAGAUCGACAACGUCGGCAUCAUGGAGAUGAUCAUCCAGGAGGUCGAGCGGUUCCAACAGGAAAAGGCGGGCGGCGACACCUACUUCGCAGGCAUGAAGAUCAUCUACUGCUGCCCGCGGUCCUAUCCCAAGGAAAAGGUUGCCAACGGGCUGGCCGAGUGCCUGCGGUUCAAACAGCGAUGGCCCACCUGGAUAGCUGGGUUCGACCUGGUGGGUGAGGAGGGCAAGGGCAAGCCGCUCAGCGCCUUCGUGCCUGAGUUCCUGCAGUUCAAAAAAGACUGUAAUGAGGCAGGCGUCGGGGAGAUUCCGUUCCUUUUCCACUGCGGAGAGACGCUCGAGUCGGGCUCUGAGACGGAUGAUAACAUCCUUGACGCGCUGCUGCUCGGGUCGCGCCGCAUAGGCCACGGCUUCUCCCUUGCGCGCCACCCGUACUUCAUGGAGCGCAUGAAGAAGGCCGGCGUGUGCGUCGAGCUAUGUCCCAUCUCCAAUGAGGUGCUGGGCCUGACGCCGCGAGUUGGAGGGCAUGCCAUGUAUGGCAUGCUGGCUAAUAAUGUGCACUGCACUGUGAGCAGUGAUAAUGGAACGUUGUUUAAUUCAACCCUCUCGCAUGACUUCUACCAGGCUAUGAUCGGCAAGCCCGACAUGACCCUGUUCGGCUGGAAGCAGCUCAUCGAGUGGAGCCUCGACCACUCCUGCCUGUCACCCGCUGAGCACCGUGAUGUGCAGCGGGCAUGGGAGACGCGGUGGGAGAGGUUUCUGGAUGAGGCGAUCGAGGAGUUUGGGGAGUUUGAAAUUGAUGAGAAGGUGGUUACUUAA